UUAGAGACCGCCUGGGCGCCUGGGGACCCGGCAGUGUCACGGGCGUGGUCCUCUCCUGAAGUGGCAUCUUGGCACCAUCUUUGCUGCGUCAGCCUUGGUGGGAACCACACCUGCUCAGUGAGCCCUCUGUCCCUCUUUCUGCAGGGUUAGACUCCUGUGAGAGGACGGCCAGGGCUGUGGAGCUGCCUGCCUCAAAGUCCAGCUCUGAGCCGGCGUGGUGGGGGCUCCACCUCUGCGCCCUGCAUGGAAGCCAGGGGCUGGGCUCCCAGAAGGCAGCUGUGCCCACCUGGGAUCCUGUUGCUGGCCGUUGCUUCUCUGCUAAGCUGCCUGCUCACCUGCGGCCAAGCCAAGGUCUACAGUCGCUGUGAGCUGUUCCGAGUGCUCCAGGAUUUUGGCCUGGAGGGAUACCGCGGCCACAGCCUGGCUGACUGGCUUUGUCUUGCUUAUUACACAAGUGGCUUUGACUCAGCUGCUGUGGACCAUGAAGCUGAUGGAAGCACCAACAACGGCAUCUUCCAGAUCAACAGUCGGAAGUGGUGCAAAACUCUCAAGGAAUACAACAGCAAGGGAUGCAAUAUGUACUGCACCGAGUUAUUGGAUCCUGACCUCAAGAAUGCUGUUAUCUGUGCCAUGAAGAUAAGUCAACAGCCCCAGGGGUUGGGCAGCUGGGAGGCCUGGAAGCAUCACUGCCUGGGCAAGGACCUCAGCGACUGGGUGGACGGCUGUACCUUCUAGGAUCCUCUCUGGAUGGACCGGGCCAGGCACAGCAGGCCGGGGUGUGGUGGGGGUGUGUGGUGUGGGUCCUGCCCAGGAAGGAACAUGAGGCAAUUGAUAAAGAAUAGUUUGAUAUA